UUUUUAAUGCAUCCGGAUGCCGACACUUUCGUGACUGUUUUGUUUUAUUGUUGUUUUUUCGCAAGGAAAUCUAUUUGGCUUCUGCGCCUUGAUAGAAAUAUCCUUAUAGUAAAAAAAUAAUGCGAAGUUGUUUAUUUUAACGUACCGCAGAAGAGCUCCUACUAUCGUCAUCUUAUAAAAUAAGCAGGAACUGGUAACACAAUGUCCAACACGCAAUCCGCCGCCGUUCCGACCACAAAGCAGCAGGCCGAGCUAGAAUGGAUCCAAAUGAGGGCCGACUACGCGGACAUUCACGCUGAAACGACGCGCGAAAAAAUGGCACGUAAACUACGCGAAAAUCCACUGGUACCGAUCGGAUGCGCAGCGACGCUAGCCGCGCUUAGUUUUGGUUUGUGGAACUUCCGGCAGGGGAAGACAAAAAUGUCUCAAUACAUGAUGCGGGCUCGAAUUCUGGCGCAAGGAUUUACAGUUGUGGCACUAAUUGUCGGAGUGGGUAUGACCUACACCAAGAAGAAGGAGGAAGAAAAGAAAUAAUUUCCACCAGAAAAUGACUCAGCAGUUUUUUUGUUGCUUUUCGUAGAGAAUCUUAUGUGAUUGUACAUUUGUUAAUAAGAGUUACAAUUGAAAAAUAGUAGAUUUAAUAACACAUAGCUUGUUCUAA